AUGCUACUCCUGCUCGUCGUAUUAACUGCUCUCUUAACAAGGGCAGAAGAAACUGUUUGCAGGUUACAAGGAACACAAGAACUGCCUCAUUUUUCAAAGGAUGGAGACAUUAUAAUUGGAGGAAUCUUUUCAUUUCAUGACAGUCUUCUUGAUGCCAAACCCACAUAUAAUGUCAUUCCUGAACCACCAAGAUGCGAAGGUUUAAAUGUAAGAGAAUUUCAAUUUGCCCAGAGUAUGAUCUUUGCUAUUGAAGAAAUAAAUAACAGUUCAGAGCUACUUCCUACUGUUUCUCUGGGCUAUAAGAUAUAUGAUGAUUGCAGUUCCACACCUAUGGCUGUAAGAGCAGCAUUGACUUUAGUGAAUGGACAGGAAGAAGGAACGGAUCUCAACUCCUGCAAACAAUCUACUGUUCCUGCUUUUAUAGGACAUUCUGGGUCAUCACCAAGCAGAGGAGUCGCAACAACUCUUAGACCUUUUCAUAUUCCAAUGAUAAGUUAUUUUGCAACCUGUGCAUGUCUCGGCAACAAAAAGGCAUUUCCUUCAUUUUUCAGAACCAUACCAAGUGAUUAUUAUCAAAGCAGAGCUCUGGCACAGCUUGUAAAGCAUUUUGGAUGGACUUGGAUUGGGGCAAUUAGAAAUGAUGAUGACUAUGGCAACACAGGAAUGGCUACCUUUGUGAAAGCAGCCCAAGAAGAGGGGGUUUGCAUUGAGUAUUCAGAGACUAUUUACAGAACGUAUCCAAGAGAAAAACUAAUUAAAACGGUAGAUGUUAUAAAAAAGUCAACCUCAAAGGUUAUUGUAGCUUUCACUUCUUACAUAGAUCUUGAAGUUCUGGUUAAAGAACUGUUGCUUCAGAAUGUUACUGGAUUUCAGUGGGUAGGCACUGAAGCUUGGACUUCUGCUGAAUCUCAUAAAAGGGAAGCAGGUUACAGAGUUCUUGGUGGGGUAAUUGGACUUGCUGUCAGUAAUGCAGAAAUAACAGGAUUGAAAGAAUUUUUACAGCAUGUUCGGCCAUCUUACACACCCGGUAACAUGGGUUUGAACACAUUCUGGGAAUCAGUGUUUAGUUGUAACUUGGCUUCUCAAGAAAAGACUGCAACAGUAAAUCCAUGCACAGGAUCAGAGAGUUUCGAAUAUAUAAACAAUCAAUACACUGAUGUAUCUGAUCUGAGGAUUACCAAUAAUGUCUAUAAAGCAAUGUAUGCUAUCGCCCAUUCACUACACAAUCUGAUUACAUGCAAAAAUGGACCUUUUGCAGAUAUGCCAUGUGCCAGCAAUACGAAGAUUGAACCAUGGCAGGUAUUACAUUAUCUGAAAACAGUUAAUUUCACUAUCAAGAGUGGAGAGAGUGUUUAUUUUGACGAGAAUGGGGAUCCAGCAGCAAGAUAUGAAGUAGUAAACUGGCAGCUCAAUGAAGAGGGCAAAACACAAUUUGUAACAGUUGGCCUCUAUGAUGAAUCUUUGCCGGAAGGACAAAAGAUUGUGCCUAGAUCAGUGUGCAGUGAGAGCUGUCCUCCAGGCACUUGGAAGGCUGUUCAGAAAGGAAAGCCUAUUUGCUGUUUUGACUGCAUACCGUGCGCUACAGCAGAAAUCAGCAACACAACUGAUUCCAUUGACUGUGUGAAGUGCCCUUUGGAAUAUAAGUCAAAUGAGCAAAGAGACAGAUGUAUCUUAAAGGACAUUGAAUUCCUAUCCUUUGGAGAAAUCAUGGGAAUACUGUUAGUGAUAUUCUCAUUGAUUGGAGCCUGUUUAACCACUGCUAUAGCUAUUGUGUUCUUUCUUUAUAGAGAUACCCCCAUGGUUAAAGCUAAUAACUCUGAACUCAGUUUCCUUCUUCUGUUUUCAUUAGCACUGUGUUUCCUUUGUUCACUUACUUUCAUUGGCCAGCCCUCUGAGUGGUCCUGUAUGUUGCGCCACACUGCCUUUGGGAUCACAUUUGUCCUGUGCCUCUCUUGUGUUCUGGGGAAAACAAUAGUCGUGUUAAUGGUGUUCAGGUCUACACUUCCUGGUAAUAAUAUGAUGAAAUGGUUUGGGCCCGUCCAGCAGCGGUUAAGUGUUUUUUCAUUUACACUCAUACAAGUCUUGAUAUGUACACUUUGGUUAAUACUAUCCCCUCCUUUCCCUAAUAAAAACAUGCACUCCUUCAAAGACAGAAUCAUUCUAGAAUGUGACCUGGGAUCUGCAGCAGCAUUUUACACCGUGUUAGGGUAUAUUGGGUUUCUUGCUGCCAUGUGCUUUGUGCUUGCUUUUUUGGCACGCAAGCUGCCAGAUAACUUCAAUGAAGGCAAAUUAAUUACAUUUAGCAUGCUCAUAUUCUGUGCUGUUUGGAUCACUUUUAUCCCAGCUUACAUCAGUUCACCUGGGAAGUACACAGUUGCUGUAGAAAUAUUUGCAAUUUUAGCUUCUAGUUUUGGUUUACUUUUCUGUAUUUUUGUCCCUAAAUGUUUUAUAAUAUUACUAAAACCAGAGAUUAAUACAAAGAAACACUUGUUGGGCAAAAUGCCAUCAACCCCACAUUAGAAAUACAGUAGUAGGUGUACAGUAGACCUACAUAAUACAUAAAAAUACA